ACAACAGAAGCAAUUACAAGAGAGGUGAGUUGGCAUUCUAUGAUUGGCUUGGUUAGGAUGUGUUGUCUGCCAUUACCUGUUUUCCUUAUUUUGUUUCUAUUAUUGCAUAAUCCAAUUUCUGUUAUUGCAUGAUUUCAUUUAUGUUAUUUCCUUCUUUUGUGUAAUGCAAUUCCUUUGUAAUUUCUUUUCUAUAAAUAGGACCAAUAUGUACUAAGGCAACAACUCUUAUAUAAAUCAGAUUUUGACAUUUUCCUUGUUGAGGAGGCUCCUUGUCCUCAAAUUCUAGGCUUACUUCCCUCUGUUCUUUGAAUACACAUCAGACAAUUGGUGCUUUCAUUGAUCUCAACAAAGGGCUAGCUUUCUCAACAAAAGAGAGGGAUGCACAGUAUUUGCAUGGCCUGCUGCCUACCACAGUCAACACUCAACAGCUUCAGGUUUAUCUGUUAUCUAUGAGGAUAGUGUUAUACCCCACUUUCCCUUAUUUGUUUUUACUGUCCAUAGGAGAAGAAACUGAUGAACAACAUCAGCCUAUAUCAGGUUCCCUUGCAAAAGUACGUGGCCAUGGUGGACCUUCAGGAGAGGAAUGAAAGGCAUUGGCUGGAAAAUUGGACAAUCAUUUGAGGGUGUUUGUUGCUGAAAUGAAUUGGUCAUCAUUUUUAGGCUACUGCAAUGGAAUGAACAAAAAGCAGUCAAAGUAAGUGAAUUUUGAAUUGUGUGAACAAAAUGGAUGUUUUCUAUUUUGAUUUGAUUGCAGUUAGGCUUUUAAAUCGAUCAUUUUUCAUGUUUUUGGAAACAUGAUGAAAUUAUGAAUUGUGUGAGCAAGUGGUUAUCUUUCUAAUCUGACUAGCUAGUAAAUAGGACUGUGGAAGAUUUUGAUGAUUGAACAAGUUGGCUUCUAUACAAAGGAGGAUUAGGAGUAAAAGGAGAUAAUAGUUGGGAGUCUUGGUGGGACUUAGAACAGGUCAAAUUCUGAUUUUUUUUUCACUUAAUUUUUUGUAUGUUUUGGGAUCAAAAUGGAACAAUACUUAAAUAGAUUGUUUCUUGCUAUAUUAUUGUAAGGGAGUAAUCCUUUUUGAACCAUAUUCACAUUUAUAAUCAAUGUUAUUUAAUUUCUCAUUGACACUGGCUCUAUUAAUUUAAUUUCUAACGAGUGCUACUAUUUCUGUACAUGCAUAUCCAAACUUUGAGUGGUCAUAUUUUGGAGACAAUUUCGAGUGCAAGGUUCUUAUUGUUUCAAUAUGGUGUUGUGUAUAAGCUGCAUCUUACUGGAAACAAUACAUCACUUGCGACGACUAGGGGAUUGCCACCUGGACUGGUUCCUAUUUCAGAACCUUACUUUGAUGGUGAGUUGCCUGAGGUGGAGCUUAUUGUUGUAGACACAAGCAAGUUUGAUGAUGCAACGACUCCAGAACCUGAACAUACUAAUAAGGAAGACAAGUCUGAACUUUACAAGCCAAAAGUUUCUACCUGGGGUGUCAUUCGUAGACCUGGCAAUAUUUCAAAAACAUUUGGUGGUGGAAGAGUUAUAUGCCCAGGAGAGGUUCUAGAGAGCAAAGAAGAAAAAGUUGUUAAAGAAGCACGCACAAAGCAGCUACUUGCUGCCUACAACAACAAAACUGGAUUAAAUGUUGAUCCAAAGCUGAAAUCUGAGUGCGAGGAGCUAAGCAUAUUUAGUGAUAUUCAAAUAUUACAACCAUUCUUUCCUUCUUUUAUUCAUGCCUUUCCUUUUUAUGCACAUUGUUGGGUGUUUUUUGUAUCAUAGUUAUUGAUCGUUGUAUUCAUUAACAUUGAUGGCUAUGACCAAAAAAAAAAUGAUGGCUCAAGCUGCUCUACUUUCUUGGUUUACUCAAAUGAAGUAAAUGACUUGGUUUGAUACAAUAUGAUAGAUUGACAUUCAACUUAUAUGUUCUUCCUGAAAUGUUUAAGAUACAUGAAGUGGUCAUAAACUAAAUUUGGAGCCUAGAGCCUUUUAACGGUUUUCAUCUCAAGCAAUUGUAGUCACAAGAAAACUA